CCGCAGCAGUCCGGCACAAUCACGCUUAACCAACGGGCUACGCGGAGCGCAUCCUUGUAAGCAUCCAAAAAUGGAGGCGACCCUGUCCCCAAAGCCUCACUUCGUGGUCAUCCCAUGGCCAACCACCAGCCACAUCAUCCCCAUCGUCGACAUCGGCUGCCUCCUCGCCCUGCACGGCGCCGCGGUCACCAUCCUCACGACGCCCGCCAGCGCGCAGCUCGUCCAGAGCCGCGUGGACCGUGUCGGCGCCCAGGGCAACUCUGCCGGAAUCGAGGUCUCCGUGAUCCCGUACCCGUCCGCCGAGGCCGGGCUGCCGGAGGGGUGCGAGAGGCUGGACCACGUCCCCUCGCCCGACUUGGUGCCCAGGUUCUUCGACGCCACCACGCGAUUCGGCGACGCGGUGGCACGGCACUGCCGACUCAUGAAGUCGCCGCGGCGUCCGAGCUGCAUCAUCGCCGGAAUGUGCAACACGUGGGCGAGUGACAUCGCGCGUGAGCUCGGCGCGCCCUGCUAUAUCUUCCAAGGCUUCUCCGCGUUCGCGUUGCUGUGCUGCGAGUACCUGCACACGCACAAGCCGCACGAGGCGGUCGCGUCGCUGGACGAGCUCUUCGACGUCCCGGUCCUGCCGCCCUUCGAUUGCAAGUUCGCGAGGAGGCAGCUUCCGCUGCAGUUCCUACCGUCCUGCUCCAUCGACGAGGAGAGUCUGCAAGAGCUCCGCGAGUUCGAGUUGGCCGUCGACGGCAUCGUGGUGAACAGCUUCGAAGAACUCGAGCACGGUUCCGCGGCGCGCCUCGCGGCUGCCACCGGCAAAACUGUGCUCGCCGUCGGCCCUGUCUCCCUGUGCCACGUGCCUGCUCUGGACGUCUCAGAUGAUGCAACGCGGUGCAUGGCGUGGCUGGACGCCAAGAAGGCCAAGUCCGUGCUGUACGUCAGCUUCGGCAGCGCCGGGCGCAUGCCCCCGGCGCAGCUCAUGGAGCUCGGCAAGGCGCUCGUGUCGUGCCCCUGGCCUGUCCUGUGGGUCAUCAAGGGCGCCGACGCGUUGCCCGACGAUGUCAAGAAGUGGUUACAUGAGAACACGGACGCCGACGGCGUCACGGACAGCCAGUGCCUUGCGGUGCGCGGCUGGGCGCCGCAGGUACCCAUCCUGUCGCACCCGGCCGUGGCGGGCUUCAUGACACACUGCGGAUGGGGCUCCACGCUGGAGAGCGUCGCCGCAGGCGUGCCCAUGGCCGCCUGGCCGUUCACCGCGGAGCAGUUCCUGAACGAGAAGUUGAUCGUGAACGUGCUCGGGAUCGGCGUCUCCGUCGGCGUGACCAGGCCCACGGAGGGCGUGCUGACGGGUGGCAGCGGCGGGGUGAAGGCCGAGGUCGGGAUGGAACAGGUGAAGACUGCCUUGGAGAAGCUCAUGGACGGAGGAGCCGAAGGGGAAGAUAGGAUUAGGAAGGUUCAGGAGCUGAAGGCGAAAGCGAAGGCUGCUUUGGAGAACGGCGGGUCGUCGUGCAUGAAUCUGGACAAGCUGGUCCAAUCCGUCGUCUGAAAAUUAGCGCAGCAUGUCGGCCCAGAAUAAAUUCUGCUGCUUUCGCUCAUUGAUGGACAUAUUGGGGCUGUUUCUUGCUUGAUUGGAAGAUCAAGACUAUGUUGCAACUGUUGUUUAGCUGCAACUGUGUCUCAUGCCAACUCAGUCUACAAGUCUCUUGUUUAGCGCUGCCUGCCUCGUAAAAAAAGAUAACGAAGCCGGCAGGUGCUCUACCAUUUGAAUAAGCAAAGUCUAGAGAAUGUUUACAAGAUAGCUGCUUCGAGAACCGACAGAAAAAUCACACAAAGAUUUGUGGCCA